GCCGGGACAUUUUGCAAUCCCCGGUACUAAGAAGGCUAAGUUUCCAGGAGUUUUCGAAGAAGAAAAAAAGGAAGAGAUACCCGGCCUAUCAUCUAUUUUGGCAACUUUGUCGAUUUCGAACCGUCCUAGUCCAGGCCAGUUAAUGAAAAGCGAGUUUUUACGGUAUGUUGAACUACCGGUAUUAGUUUCGUGCAUUUGACAAUGCCCGGCAGACGUAGUAUUAAUAGGCCGUCAACGACCCGCGGCUUGACCUCGAGUGCAUGCUGGGCUCUUGAGGCAAUUGAUUCUUGCGCUGCACUUUCGGUACGGCCUAGGUUAAGAUUUAAUGCCGCUCGGUUUCUUACGGUUCGAUAUUCCAUGGCCUUGAGGGGCCAGCCUACCAAGAGCUGGUGAAAUCCAUACUCCCCAUGAUAGUCCUCGCCCCGAAGUCCACAGAGAAUUACUUGGAGCUUAUCUCCUAAAAUCUAGGGAUAAGAUCGACAACUUAGAUUAUGUAUGGGGGGGGUCUUGGACAGAUACCGGGAUAUAUGACUCGUGGGGUUCGAUCAAAAAAUAACGUCUUAUCAUACCUUAGAAGAUGAGCGUUAGGAGCGGGUUUGAAGGAGCCCUAGGAGUUCCCUAGUCGUUAUACCAUUAACUCUACAUGGCCAACUAGGUUCUCGGGACCAGAUUUUGUCAUCCUCAGACGACCCUGUAAGACUACAAGUCUUCCCGAACAACGAUCGGUAGUUCUCUUUGGCACAAGGAGAUCGAGACAGUGGGUUUAUGCUUGAAGGGAGAAAUGAGGGCUUGUUGUAGCCCAUCUCCACAUUUCCGCUUCCCCCUUUCCUCUCCCACACACCUGCUCCUGCGAGCGAGCAAGGGUCUCUGCGGUGACAACCGUUCGCCGAAAGUGGGGCAGGAAAAGUGCCCAAAUAUGAGUGGGUAUUAUAGUUAUCAAAGAAUGGGGAGACAUCCGCGGAAGUUCCCCAACGCCGGAGGAAGACCACGAAGGUGA